GAGAUCAUCAACGCAACGUGCGGCUCAGUUUUAAGUAUCUGUGACUAUGUGCAUCGGGUUUUAGCAAGUUUUUCUUCCUCUCCCGGGAUAUUUUUGCCACCAUGAAUAACAAGAGUGACAACAAAUGGAGGCCUAUGGCCAUUUCAAAUCCAUCAACUCGUUUGAGAUUAGCAAGAAAUAUGCCGCAAUGGGUGAAUAAAUCCGGAGCUAGUGGUAUACCACCCCCACCUGUACCAAAAGAGGAAUCGAGAAAAAUGCAGCCUUCGAGCAAUAAAAUCAAAGCCAAACAAGAACCCGAUUAUGAAGUUAUAGAGUUCGGACAAUAUUGCAAUACACCACUUCCAUCAGCUAAAACAACAAAUUCCAAUCAAACCGGAAAACAUUGCCAGCUGUGUGGUUCGUCGGCACCAUCCGUUAAUUGCGAGGAAUGCGCCCAGAUAUUUUGUUUAUCCUGCGACGACAUGUACCACAGACAUCCCAAGCGACAAACACACACCAGAAGACGACUUGAGCAGUCGAUUCGACCACCUCUGCCGCCCAAAGGAGAACCUCCUUCCGCCCCCGUACCGCCUCCUCGACGCCACCGCAGGGCCGGUUCGAUGGGACCGUCGCCAUGCCCAAGCCCAACUCCUGGCAGACGCAAUCAGGUUUUAUCCUCGACUAUGCCUAGAAGGGACAGCACCGGAUUUUCUCUGAAGGAUAAAAUGUCAACUCUGAAACGGGGUCUGAUGGGGAGCAGACCACUGCCGCCUCCGCCGCCACCUCAAUCGCCGAAUGAAGGAUCAUUUAAAUCAGACUUCUCUAAAAGUACUCAUUCGAAUGACUUCAAGCAAUUCGAACCCCCUAGUCCUAGUCCAUCCCUUCAGCAGAGAUACAGGCAACAUCAAAUUGCGAUGAAGGGACCCACCCCCAAUUUGUCGUCGACUGUUUCGCAUUUUGAUCAGCCUUCUAGCAGAGACAGCGGCUAUCCAGAAUGGGAAAUGGAUGAAUGGAAAAAACAUCACACUCGAGGCGGAAGUAUAACCGGAUCGGACGUGGGAAACAGGGUGCAAAGGAAACUCAGCAACACUUCUUGUCCCCCUCACUCGAGAGGGGUACCGCUUAGCGCUUCUGUGUUCGACCUGAACAAUCCCAUGUUACAUCAUUACCAACACGGAUUUUUACCGAUGCAACAGGCACAAUCCAUGGCUCAACUCAACUACCCUCCCCAAUGUUGCCCGACCGGUUGGAUAAAUCCGAUGGGCUACGACGACCACCGCGGCAGUAACAUGAGCUUGAACGUCGUCCCCGGAGGUUAUCCGAUGAAUCCGAUGUGGAUGGGCACUUGGCAUGGAGCGCCGCCAUCAACCAUGUACCCCUAUCCUGUGCCAGUCAAUCACGUUCACGACUCCAGGUCCUGCAGCCACUCGAGACCAGCCUCGCCCACGCACAGCGUCAAGUCCAGGAAAUCGACCCUAAGCAGGAAGAGCAGGAAAAAAUACAGGGAUGUUGACGAAACGGACGACGAAAGGGACCUGGACGACAGGAGGUCGAGUUUCAGCCACACUGAAAGGAAGUCUUUGGGGCGGUUUUCCACAAGAGAGCGAAAUUCGAUGCCUCGGGAAGUCGCUAGAAGGAACACCAUCGACAGAAUCGAAAGAGGGUCCGUGGUUAGAAGCAGACAGGGCUCUUCGAGCGAGACGGACGACGAACUCUCCGAAAGUCAGAAGGAGAGCGACGUUAUUAACGAAGAGUCGGAGUACGACAACAAGGCGGAACCGGUUGAAAUUGAAGUACCGGACGCCGAUUGGGAAUGUGAACAUUGCACGUUUGUGAAUGAGGCAGGCACGAGGGUCUGUCAAGUCUGUUGCAAGACUCCGACUUCGGGUGCCAAAGUUGUCAAGAGCGAAGCCAAGAAAGUACGUGCUGUCCCGAAACAGAAACCCCCAAGUCGCAAAGAAACUGCGGCCCAGAAGAACCUCUCCAGCGACGACUACAGUAAAGACAACAGCGAGACGGAGUCCGUGCGAAACAAGCUUGAGCGAUUGAAAAUAUCCAACGACCCCGCCAGGCCUGCGCUCCUAGAUACCAAGAAAGGAGCCGAAGAGUCCCGAGAAAGUGCGAGUGAAAUGGAGCGGAUAAACGAGAGUGUAGAAGUGCAAUCUGACGGGUCGGUGCGAAGUGUUUUGAUUAGUGAGGACGUACCAUCUUUCAGUGAAGUACCGAAUAAUGCGUUAGGUGAGGAAACCGCCGUAGCUUUGAAGUGCAAAAAAGGCGGGAAAGAUAAAAGUGAAGGCUACGCUUUGGAGAAAUCUGAGAAAAAAAUGGUAACCACUUCGACUGGGACUUCUCCGCCACCUCAGGAUAUGUCAACACAAACUUUCGAAGAAUCACAAGAAAUGUCUGUUUCUAGAAGCCCACAGUUGCCAAGAGCCAGAUCAGUUAGUAGAAAUAGCAGACGAAGCUGCUUGAACCGUUCUCUGUCUUUGCGUGCGCCAUCAACGCAAAGAAGAAACUCGGAGUGGUCGUUACAUAGGUCUUUAAGUAGACACUCAAUCACCACCGAUUCACAGAGCUUACCGGGCAGCAGAGAACACAGUCCGAUUCCAUUCGACUACGAAGAAGAGCCGUAUUUCCAAAAAGGUUACGAAAAAGAGAGAAAACCUCAGCAACUCCCUAAUGGCCGAUUGACGCAUAGUACGUUAGACUUGAGGAAGCCGGAACACCACCGUAGACCGAGCCAUCAUGACUUGGGAUAUUACAGGAUGGAACAUUCCGAUCCAAGUCACCUUAGGUUAGAUUCGUACCAGCACGGAGAGAGAGACUAUCCGAGAUCGAUAGAAAAUGGAUUCCACAGACAUGAUGCCUUCAAAGCCUCAGGGAUGGAACUAGUGAAACUUCUGAGAGAGGCUGAGCAAUAUAAGUAUACCGCAGAUGAAGUCCAGGCGGCUAUUCUGCACUGCAAGGACUCAAACCCAAUUGAAUGGUUGAAAGAACAUUGGGAUUCAAUCAUAAGCAGAGUUCGAACGUUGGCCACCCAAAUGGGUCGCGAGGAACCCAUGAAUAUCGUGGGAACUGUUUCCGAGAAAGAAGCCCGCGAGGCUCUCAGAAAACACCAAGGAGAUUUGUGGCCUGCUGUGGAAGAGUGCGUCGAACAGAGACAGAGAAAGUACGCAGACUUGGCAUCUCGAGGAGAUUUCAGUAGAGAGGAUAUCUUAACAGUGCUGACGGCGAAUCAAGGUGACUUGGAAGCGGCUUUUAACGAAUUGGGCAAGACUCAACUCAAACCGUUCUUGAUGAGGAUUUGGGGCCCGCCGGUUGGUACUGAAAAUGAGGCAGGUAAUGAGGGGGCGACGCUUAAAAUGAUAAGGGGUGAAGAUGCAUCUGCGAACGAUAAGAAUACGAAAGAAGAAGCAAAGGCGGUAAGUACAAGUCCCCCUUUCGAUAUAAACAGCUCCCCUCAAGUAAGUACCUCCACCAACACAGUUUCAGAUGAAUUAGAAACAACGCAACCAAGCUCGCUAGAAGAUAAGGUUAGACUAGAUUCUCUUGAACUAAUCGAAAAUGAAAUUAUGAAAAACUUAGAAGACAUUAACAACUUUACUCAAAAUUUGGAGGAUAACAAUGUAGUAGCCGAGAAAGAUAGUAGUAAAAUUAUUGUUUUGGAAGAUGAAACCGUGGAAGAUGUCAAUAUGACGAAAAACAAAGUCUACGUGGAAAAAAGUAGAACUGUCAAGCAACUAGUCGAUGAAACUUCAGAGCAACCCCUUCCUUUCGAUAAUGCUACAAAUUCAAUGUCGGAAAGUGAAAGUAGUGAUGACUUCCAGAAUCUCGACUUCGUGGACGCUGUUGAAAGCCCUAUCAGAAGUCCGGUUAGCUUGGAAAUGGAUGAACGUCCACAGGAUCCACUACAUCCACGAAAAACUAGUAUAAGUACGCUCAAUAUCAUGCUAUCUACUGUUGAAACAUCUGAUGAAGCACAUCAAGUGAACGAACACGAUGUAAUACUUGAGAGUGAAGCUUCAUUAACUUCACAAUGUGAUAGUUAUAAUUCAGAGAAAAAUGUUAAUGAGAGUCUUGCCAAUCCUGCAAUAAGCAACACCUUCACUACAAACAUAGUUCUUCCGACUGUCGAUGGCAUUGCUGCUGGUAGCGAUACAUUUUUAAAUGAGGUUAGUUUGACAAAAACAGUUGAUGAAAAACCCGAGGAGAGAAUAAACGAAAGUUUUGGAGCCCAGGGUCAGUCCACAGAAUCUGGAGAUGAGACAGAGAAAUGGUCUUCAGAGGGCAUCCCAAAAAAUGAACCCAAAAAAGAAAUAGAAGAAAAUCUAAACGACAGUUCAACCCAAAUGAUGCAAACUGAUACUUCAGAAUUUGAAGACUUCAAAAGUGUGGUUGAAAAUGUUUCAGUAGUUCCAAAAGCCAUUGUCAACGAAAAUGAAUUUGACCAACAUAAACCAGAAGAUGAAAACAAUUCAGAAAGUUAUAUAUCAAAUUAUUUCAGCGAUAAAGUAGAAGAAGGGGAAGUGAUGAAACCUUCCCAAGAGAUCGCAAGUGCUGAAAUUGUUCAAAUAAAAGAAAAUGAGGAAUUAUCAAUUUAUCAAGUGGAAGUAGAAUUAGAAGCUAACGAUAAUGAUGAGCAAUUGCAGAUAACAUCACCUGAAAUGAAAAUCGUUGAAACAGAAGAAAUAAAUCCCUUGAUUGAAAAUGAUGCUUUAAGAAACAGAGAAUCGAGUCUUGAAAAAAUUGUAAAAGAAGAUAGUAAGGAAAGCAAGCAAGGAAUUUCUGCAAAGAAACUGCUUGUGUCCUCAUCUCCGAAAAAAACAAUUGUGAAUACUGGGAUUGUGGAUCAAGAAAACGUCAAAAAUGAUGAAGAUUUUGAAAUCAGUCCCCCAAAUACGGGUACUGCAAAGAAACCACCGAGCCUUCAAACAAAAAACAAUAUAAACAACUCCAAAUUAACCAGAAAACAAAAAAAGAGCAUGAGGAAAAGCCGAAAACGUGCAGAGAAAAGAGCCUUGCAUCGAGAGUCUAGUACAACAGAAUCGAGUAGUGAAAUACAAGACGAAGCGGACACAAAUGAUUCAAAAAUCGAAAUUGAGGCAGAAGACAACAAAGAACCUGUAGAAGAAAAAGGCGCAAACACAAACGCAGGGUCCAAUAAACUCAGUAGAAGGAAACCGAUCAAAAAAAGCGACAGUCAGAAGUACUCUAAAUUCAAAAAUAAGAGCAACGAAAACUUACCUUCUGCAACAACUCCUGUAUUAGACGUAGUGGUGGAAAACGAAGAUGUCAAGAGAAAUGCAAAACCUUGGGCAGAUAUUAGUGAGAGCAAAGAAGAUAAGGCGACAAAAUCAACAGAGGAAAGUCGAGUUGAAACAGAGAACGCUUCAAAACAAGUCGUGCCCGUUGCUGAACCUGAUCAUGAGAAAAAAUCCCUAAAAACAUCAACCACUGUACAGAUGGCACAAAAUAAACAAACAACAAUUCCAAUAGCAAGGAGGCCCUCUAGAAUCCCACUUCCGAAGCAGCGCUCAAUCUCUAAGGCUGACUUGAAACAGCCUCAGUCGCCUUCUGCUAGUAAAAUCCCAAUAAAAACAUUUCCGCAAGCAAUGGGAGAGAAAUCAAGCACCUCUAAGAUAGUUCAGGAAAGUGUCGAAGUAAAACAGCCAAGAAAGGAAGAACCACCAGACGACAAACCUUCCAAUGAUGAACGAGUAAAUUCUGUUGCUACAAAUGAAGAACCGCUACCUGAUUGUAGCAAGAAUCAACAGAAAACAAGCAAAGCGAAACUUUCUGCGGUCAACAGAAGCUCUUUCGACUCAACGACCAGCUCUAAACAACUCUCCUACACGAAGUCUCUGGACAACGACAGCGAUUCUUCCGUUUCAGACAGCAACGUAGAGGAACUACUCGACCCUAUGACAGAUGAAGAUAGCUAUGAAGAGUUUGAGGACUACGAGGAGGUCCUCGAGUCGAACACUGAAGAUUACGAAGACUUCGAGAAGAAGAACUCUAAGGAACUGAAUAUAAAUUUGUCUCAGAUAAGCAAAAGAGUGAACAGGCUUACGAACAAUUUGAAAGAAGUCCCGAUAAAGUACAGCAUCGAAGAAACAUGCGAAUCUGAAGAGUUUUCUUCGGAAGAGAAUCGAGCCGAGAUGGAGGAAGGGGAGUUUUUCGAAGACGGUUUUGAGGAAAGCAAAGAGGAGCUCGCCAAGAGCGAACCGAGUCUAGAAGUUAAGGAGCUGAGUGAAUUGGAACUAAUGGAGCGACAAGCUCGGAGAUUUUUAGCCGAAGGUCAGGUUACAAACUACCAACAAGCGGAGUUGGCUGUGAGUUUGAUGGCGCUGAAGUUUUCCGCUGAGGAAGCUCUCGAGGCGGUCAAAGACUGCAAUUCGCUGGAUGCUGCCAUUUCUUUUUUGCAGCAAGAAUGCGAGUUGUGUGCCGGAAAAUACAAGAUGAACCAGAUCGUAUCGAUGUUGAAAUGCACACACAGAUGUUGCCAGGAGUGCGCCAAAAACUACUUCACCGUUCAAAUCACCGACAGGAGCAUCAUGGACUGCACGUGCCCGUUUUGCAAACUACCCGAUCUCACCGGCACCGAAAUCCACGAAGACGAAGUCACCGAUUACUUCGGAAACUUGGAUAUUCUCCUGAAGGGCAUUCUAGACGGACCCGUCCACGAACUUUUUCAACGAAAACUGAGGGACAGAACUUUGAUGCAAGAUCCGCAUUUCAAGUGGUGCGUACAGUGCUCUUCCGGAUUCAUCGCGCAUCCGCGUCAAAAGAGACUGAUUUGCCCUGACUGUAAGUCGGUUACGUGUGCUAGUUGUAGAAGACCGUGGGAAAAGCAGCACGAAGGCCUCACCUGUGAGAAAUUUGCCCAGUGGAAAGACGCCAACGACCCGGAAAAUCAGGCUUCAGCGGUGGCGAAGCAUUUGGCGGAGCACGGAAUCGACUGUCCUAAAUGCAAAUUCAGGUAUGCCCUUGCCAAAGGAGGGUGUAUGCACUUUACGUGCACUCAAUGCAAGUACGAGUUCUGCAGUGGUUGCGGUAAGCCGUUCAUGAUGGGGGCCAAAUGCACCAUAAGCCAGUACUGCGCCAAAUUGGGAUUGCACGCCCACCAUCCGAGGAACUGCUUGUUUUACUUGAGGGAUAAGGAGCCUCAGGAACUUCAACAACUCUUAAAGGAUCACAAUGUAACAUUCGACACAGAAGUUGCCAAUAAGGGAGAUAACCCCACUGCGAUACUUAAGUGUUUGGUGCCAUUGCAGAAAGAAACGCCAAGUGGCUUAGUGGAUACAAUUUGUAACAAUGAGGUCAACGCUGGCCAGGCGGGUCUUUGUAGGCACCAUUACAUUGAAUAUUUGUGUCAACUGAUCCGUAAAUAUAAAGUCGACCCGAUAGAAAUGUUGAACGCCGACGAUUUAGAAACGGUCGUUAGACGAGCCGCUAAAAAAUUACCGCCCAACUGUUUCGGAACUCCCAGAGAAAUGUACCGCCUGCGGCUCAAACAGAUUGUUAUGGACCAAAUUCCUCUGGAGUGAACCUAUUUAGACUAAUAACUAAUAUAGUCUGUGAAUCAGAGUUUCCAAUGAUGAAUUGUGUGAUUGGUUUUGUUAUAAAUGAUAAUAUUAGUGAAAGAAAAUAAAACUAUUAUUUAUACCUUA